AUGAGAAUACCUGUAGGGGGGCGUCGGGGGUUUUUGUCUUUUGUUCUUCUCGCGGUGUAUGGAGCAGAAACCCUACGGAGUAGUUGUUUAUUUGUAGCAGCAAAGAGGGAGGGGGGCCCUCAGCUGCUGCCUUCAGCCUCAGUUCUGUCGCCUCCUUCUGCAGCUCUGCUGCAGGAGCGCGCAGCAGCAGCAGAAGAAGACGUUGAUGAUGCAGGAAGUGGAGAAAAUGAUGAAGAGGAAGAGGUGUGUGAAGCUCAGGAAGCAAUGUCUUCAUUCUUAACGCAGGAGUUAGAAAAGCUGCAAGAUUCUUCUUCUGCUUGGGCGAAGUUUUUAUCUAAACUUGCUGAAGUAAAAGAAAAUAAAGAUGUGUGUAUGGAGACAGGAGAAUCUUCUAAUAAACGAAUAUGUGAGCACGGAGAGAGCUCCUCCGGUGCUCCCCAGCCUUUACCCUGUGGGGGUGAUGCAUAUGAAGAACUAAUAAGCAAGUAUUUUCAAGCAAAGAAUUGUGAAUUAUCUCUUGCAGUAACACAAACUCUUAUGCAGAACUGGGUUGGACACGGAGACAAAGAAGGUAUAUUUGAUAAACUUAUGUUUCUCUAUGGGAAGGCUAUGGAGUAUGGUAAUUUAGAUUCAGAUCUCUAUUACGUUUACCAAGACGCAAAGGGGCUGCUGGAGGAGUUGCUGCAGCAGGCGAAAGAUAGUGUUGCUGCCUUUCAUUCAUCAGACAUUAAAUCUGUCUUUGUUAAAAGAAGAAGAGAGAUGCUGGGGCUUCUAUGCGCUCUAGGCAGAGGAACAGAUGCAGGAGCGCUUGCUGCAGAUAUUGUGGUUACAGAAUCAGUAAUGGUGAUCAGGGGAGACUUUGAAGAGAGCGCAGCAGCAGCAGUUUUAGCUUUUGCUGCUGCUGUUGAUGCAUUCGGAGCUUACCCGCGGAUGCUGCUAGAGGAAGGGGGUUUCUUAGAGAGAGCAGAAAAAAUUCAUGAGAAUUAUCAUAAAUUCAGAAUGAAUAAGCUUAAUGGUAUUCUUACAGACAUUGAAGCAACAGCAAACGCAGGCGAAGACAGCUCAGGCCUGAUGGACUUGGUGCCUCACCGCAGACACACACGACACCACAGCAGCAGCAGCAGCAGCAGCAGCAGCAGCAAGGACGGCAGCCAAGCGCCCGGAAAAGACUCAGCAGAAGCUGCUGCUCCUGUCUUCCUUGAGGGGGCAGCGGAGCAGAUUGCAGCAGCACCAACUGAAGGAAUGCCGCAAAUAGCAGCAGCAGCACAACAGCCAGGAGGAGCAGCAGCACAGCCAGCACCAACACCUCUUCUGACAGCAACACCUCCUGCAUCUACAGCAGGCCCUGGAGCGGCAGCCCCACCUGUAACAGCACCACCUGCAGCGCCAGUACAGCAGCUGCAGCAGCAGCCGCAGCCUGCUGCUGCUGUCCCUGGGGUACAACCUGCUGUUGCUGCUGCCCCUUCACAAGGAGCAGCAGCACCAGGAGCAGCAACAACAGUCUUCAGCAGCGGGGUUUCAGGAUCUCCUGCACCAUUAACAACAGCACCAGAAGCAGCACAACAACCUCCACCACCACCUGCAGCAGCACCAACAUCUCCUGCUGCUUCUCCUCUGCCUACGGACACUUCAACAGCAGCACCAGCAGCAUCAGCACUUCCGCAGCAGCAGCCUGCAGGAGGAGCAGCAGCACCGCCUCCCCCUGGCAAGCCCUCAGCACCAGGAGCAGUAGGAGCAGCAGGAGCAGCAGGAGGAGAAGCAGAAGCAGCAGGAGAGGGACAUAACAGCAACCACAGUAUUCCUAUUCGAGAUCGUAUAGAAGACAUGGUGCGCAGCAUGAAGAUGUUUGAAGUUGAAGACGGGGCGAUUACCUACAGACCAAACCUGACAACUCUUGAACGCGUUGUUAAAGCAGGUUAUACAGAUAUCACCGAUCAUGUAUUCGUGGAGGCAUUCAUGAUGCUUCCCCAAGCCUUCGUUGUCUCUACUUUUAAACUUAUUUCUCUUCUUCUUCCUAACCCUCAAGUUGACUUCGCCGAAUUUUAUAACUCCACCUUAGCAGACGACGGAACCAUUACUGAGGGAUUCAGUGGGGAGUUGCCUGUUAAUCAUAAGUUGCUGGCUGAGAGAUUCUCAGAAGCUGUUGAUGAAGCUUAUAAAGAUACAUGGCGAGAGUUCUUCCACGACCAAGACGGUAUAAAUGACAUUGCACAGCUACAAAGCCCUAAACCACAGCAGCAGCUGUUGCAGCAGCAGCAGCAGCAAGCAGCCUCACAACAAACUGAAGCGGAGGAGCAUGUUAGCGCUCUGGAGCAGAGGGGUUCAGGAGUAGUGCAGCCGCAUUCAUUCGUAUUAACGGGAGCAGAAGAAGAAAGCAGCUUUAAAGUUGCAAUUGUUUCUACUUCUGAUGGGUUUAAAACCGGAGACGUCGAACAGUUUGCUGAUGUACAAGCUGUAAACUCUAUGAGUCUCCAGGCACUUGCAUCCAGCGCUUCUUUUGCAGAUGUAUCAUUAGCGAGGCUGGUUCUGGUGUCUUUAGGCUGUGUUUUGUCUUUCUGGCUGUUAUAA